CUUUUAUAAAUCCCAUGCACGUAAUUAACUGAGUGCACAAACUGAAAAACAGAGCAAAAUUUAGUUGAGGAGCCUUUGUACUCGCUGACCCAAUCUCAUCAAGUACAAUGGCUACUUCUUGUUCUAAACUCUUUCACUCUCUCCACCUCACAUUCUUCUUCCUCUUCUUCUGUUGUAACUCCGGCAACGUGGACGGUAGCCACAAUUACCGUGAUGCCCUCAUGAAAUCGAUUAUAUUCUUCCAAGGCCAGAGGUCCGGUCGCCUCCCCCGGCAAGAGAUCACUUGGAGGGCCAAUUCCGGACUUUCAGACGGCCGCUCUGCCGGCGUGGACUUGACGGGAGGGUACUAUGACGCGGGCGAUAACUUGAAGUUCAACUUCCCGAUGGCUUUCACGACAACGAUGCUGUCGUGGGGGGCGAUCGAGUACGGCAAGAAGCUGGGCCCACAGCUGCAGAGCACGCGGGCUGCGAUCCGGUGGGGUACGGACUAUCUGCUCAAGUGCGCGCGUGCGACACCUGGCAGGCUGUACGUUGGGGUCGGGGACCCGGUCUUGGACCACGCCUGUUGGGAGAGGCCGGAGGACAUGGACACGGACAGGUCAGCGUAUUACGUGUCGGCCGCCAAUCCGGGAUCUGAUGUGGCCGGCGAGACGGCGGCUGCCUUGGCGGCAGCCUCGAUUGUCUUCCGAAAAACGGACCCGACUUACAGUAAGUUGCUUUUGAGUACCGCGCAGGAUGUGAUGCGGUUCGCGAUGACCCAUCAGGGCUCGUACAGCGACUCGCUAAGUUCCAAAGUGUGCCCCUACUAUUGCUCCUACUCGGGUUACAAGGAUGAGCUGUUGUGGGGGGCAGCGUGGCUGUUCAGGGCUACUAAUCAGGUUUACUAUCUGAAUUUCAUUGCGUCGUUAGGAGCUAGCGAUUCGCCCGACAUUUUCAGCUGGGACAACAAAUAUGCAGGAGCAUAUGUUCUUCUAUCAAGGAGAAGUCUGGUGAACAAUGACCAUAACUUUCAGGCGUUCAGGCAACGAGCCGAAGACUUUGUGUGCAAAAUAUUGCCCAACACUUACUCCCCAUCCUCGAGCACGCAGUACACGCCAGGAGGUUUGAUGUAUAAAAUGGACCAAAGCAAUCUCCAGUACGUGACGUCAAUUACAUUCUUGCUGACAACAUACGCUAAGUACAUGGCGACCUCAAACUAUAUUUUCAAAUGCGGAAAUAUACCCAUCACAUCAAAAACGCUACGUAGCCUAGCUAGAAAACAGGUGGACUACAUAUUAGGGGACAACCCAAUGAAAAUGUCGUACAUGGUCGAUUACGGCACAAAUUAUCCCAAGAGGAUUCACCACAGAGGCUCCUCUGUGCCCUCGGUUAGUGUCCAUCAUCAGUCGUACGGAUGUGAUGGCGGUAAAUCGUUUUUCUUCACACCAAAUCCCAACCCCAACAUAUUGACCGGUGCAAUUGUGGGAGGUCCUAACCGGAAUGAUUUUUUUGCCGACGAGAGGACGGAUUACAGUCACUCGGAGCCGGCCACUUAUGUCAAUGCUGCUAUAGUUGGAACCCUGGCUUACUUUGCUGGGGAUAUAUAACUUUUAGAUUGACAAGGAUGUGAUGAUGCAAAGGGUUAGGAAUUAUGUUUAAGUGUAGAUAUGUAUGAUCAUCUGUACUAGAGAUGUGUGUGUGCUGAAGAAUAGGCAAAAAACAGAUUGGUGCUAAAUACUAGUGGGUGGUCAUACCAUAUGUAUUAAAGUAUUCACCGUUUUAAUAGUCACCUCUAGUGGAAUUUUACUGCUUUUGGGGGCUACAUUUGGCUGCUAAUGUGGUAAGGGAAGUCUAAGGCGUUUCUUUUUAAAUUGAAAACUAGAAUAAUAAACAGGAAAAAAUUUGCCAAAA